AUGAGAACAGGACACGCGGUCGCUGGGAAGGCCUGGCACUCCAAAAUUAGGCGCACCCUCGCCUUUGCUGGCUUCACAAAUGUUGUCAUCGAGGGAAUGUGGUCAUCGAGGACUGCUCGCUACGCGGAAUUACCUUUCGAAACGACGACUACCGGAGAUAAACCGGAAAGGCUGAGCUAUAUCUACCAAGGCAGCCUGAGGGAUUGCUCGCGAGACCUCCUUCCCCCCCAGACCUACAGCACGCACUACGAAAGGAUGAAACGUCAAUUGAGAUCACCGCCAAUUCACCGUGUCCCAACGGAAAUCCUCUUGACGAUAUUUGAGGAAUGCCUCCCGGACGUGCGAUAUCGAAAGCCCUCGUUGGGCGAUGCCCCGCUGCUCCUAACCCAUGUUUGUUCAUCAUGGCGCAUGCUAGUAGUGCAGACGUCCCACAUGUGGACGUCGCUCUGCAUAGAUAUUCUGGAACGCCGCCCGACACCUUUGUCAAUCGUCGAGUUAUGGGUGGAUAGGAUUGGGGAGUUACCGUUCGAUUUUGCAUUUCGACUAGAUCAGUGGCCGCCUGUCCCCUUGCAGCUCGUCCGACAGGCUAUCUUGAUACUCAAUCUCCUCGCCAACAAGAUGUCUCUUUGGCGAGACAUCCAACUAGUUCUCCCCGGAUCAUACAAAUUACUCCGUUCGAUUCCCAUUGAUACUGGGGUAGACCACCUGACCAGCCUCACAAUUGAUUUGCAAGACUGGAAGGAGGAGGAGAUGGACGCCCUCAAUCGCAUCUUCAAAUCCGCGCGUUCCUUGCUCAAGCUGACGUGGAGCAAUCGCGCCUCGUGGAGCUCAUGGGACAGGAGCUUCGAUGACUUUCUGUGCAAAAUGGACAUCUCGUGGGGGUCUCUCACCCACAUGGUGUUCGAUGCGUGGAUCUGCCUAGGGGACCUCCUUUACGUCCUCAACCAGUGCAAAAAUUUGGUCGAGUGCGAUCUUCGCCAUUUUGGGGGUGGCUUUGUCACCCCCAGCGAUUGUUCGAAGGUCCCUCGCCUCCUCCUCCCCAAACUACAAACCCUCAGCAUCUAUCAGCUGUACCUCAAUACGGGAUUAGGUUCACUUCUCGACUCAGUCCAGUGUCCCAAUCUCAGAAGCUUCACAGCUAUUUGUGGUUUCACUGAUAACGUCCCGUGGCCACAGCAUCAGUUGCUCUCAUUCCUGGAGCAAUCCGCCUGUUCCCUCAAUUACUUGUCCUUCGACUACACCGGUAUCAGCGAAGCCGAACUCAUCGAGUGCCUAUCCUUCACCAGUCAUUUGACGCAGCUCCGUAUCUCCGACGGUAGGGGAAAGAUAGUAGCUUCAGAGAAACUCCUACUCGCGCUCACGCACAAUCAAGAUCGCCUCCCCCUAUGUCCAAACUUAGAGACUCUUUACCUCGAGCUACUGAUCUCUGCGCCUGAGGGGAUGCUCGCUGAUAUGGUGGACUCGCGGAAUGCUGCGCAAGGAGGGGGAAGCGUGAAGCCCAUACGCCGGCUGGGCUUUACUGGCAGUCACAACCCGACGAGAAAGCAAGAUAUCCAGCGGCUGAAGAACUUGGUGAAGAAGAACGGACUUGCGUUUUGUGUCUUGUAG